AUGGCGGAAGAAAUUUGGUUACAUCUGCUUUUCUAUGCUCCUUGGUGUCGAGCUUGUCGACAGAUUGAAUUGACGUGGGAGAGCUUUGCAAAGGAAAGCAAACAUCUAGAUAUCACUGUGGGAAAGGUGGAUGUCAGUCAAGAACCAGGCUUGAGUGGUCGUUUCUUUGUCACAACACUUCCUACAAUUUACCAUGCACAUGAUGGAGUGUUUCGGAGAUACCGAGGCUCACGGACAUUGGAAGAUCUUCAAGGUUAUGUUUUAGAGAGAAAGUGGGAAGCUGUGGAGCCUGUAGCAGAAUGGAAGUCUCCAUCUUCUAUAAUGAUGCAUGGCAUGGCAGGGCUGUUUCACCUCUCCAGAUGGAUCAGACAAAUUCAUAGCUACCUCACUGACACUCUUGGAAUUCACGUUUGGAUUUCUUAUGCAGUCUUCAUCUUAGCUACCUUAUUGAUUGGCCUGUUCCUGGGUUUGAUCCUGGUUUUGAUUUCAGACUGCCUUUGCCUAUCCAAGUCAAAAUACAGAGGUGAAACAUCUGAAGCAAUUACAAAGGAUAAUGUGGAGAAUGCGGCAUUAGAAGAACCAGAGGAGGCUGCAGAGCUUUCCGCAGAUGAUGCAGAAGAGACUGCAGAUGUAAAAGAUCUCUCAGACAGAGAAGACGCAGCAAAUUCAAGUGCUGAUGACUCAGAGGAGGAUUUAGCACUUGGAAAAGAAUCAGGGGAAGAAGAAAUGGAAGACUUAAGUGAACAACCUUUAGCUGAUUCAGAGACUGAAAGCUCAGUAAGACAGCGUAAAAGUCAAGUGGCUGAUAAUGGACUAUAG